UUCAGUUCGAUAUUUAUUGUUCUAUUGUUUUUAACAUGAUUAAAUUGGAAAAGAUAUACGUUGUCUUGGUGAUAAUUCCCAUCAUCAUAGCAGCUCAUUUAGAUAACGAAGAUUGCAAAUGUUGGCCAGGUUAUGUACCAGAUUUCGAAGAAUCUGAAAAUAAAGCACUGUGUAUCAAGUUGUGGCGAAAGAGAAAAUUUGUAAUGCGAUUCCUAGAACUUCCCAAUUUCAUUGAGUGUAAUGUCCCAGAACUUCCGAUGCGACCUCUCUGCAAAUGUACAGGUGGAUCAGUUGUUAUGGCAUAUCCAGAAGAAUGGUGUGAAUCAAAAAUAGAUGAAAUGACAUCUAAAUGGGCGUGUGAAAAUCUAGAGGAGCGUGAUCGAUUUGAUAAGGAACAUCCCGAAGAAUGAAAUAUGGAAACUCAAUUGUUAUAUCUGAUAUUUUGAUAAUAAAGCCUUCAACACCA